GUCCAGUCUAUAUCAGAAUAUUCUGCUUUGGGUGACCCAUUGUCCUGAGCCUCUGACUCAAAGCCAGAGCAGUCUAUAUCACAAUUGUAAGAUCUAUAUAUACCCGCCUCACCGACUCUCAUUUCGACCUCAUGCCUCACACUCAUAAAACCUCGUAUAUAACAAAGCUUCGACUCCAAACCUCACUUCAGCCACACACAAAGCCCACAACCACAACCACAAACACCAACCCAACUCAAAUCUCAAACCUCACAAUGGCACCCCACAUCAAGAUAGCCGACAAACCCUCCGCCGAAGCCUAUCUCCAAGAAAAGAUGCCCCUCAUCAUGGACGCCAUCGUCGAAACCAUCAAGAACGGCGAGGCGACCUGGACUCUUGAUUCUGAUCACUCGAAGAACAGAACUUUGGUUCAGAACAUCGUAAUCCACAGCAGAGCUCUGGAUGGCUGGAGACGAGUCACGGGGACUAUUCGGCCUUUGGAGAACGUCACUGAUCUUCCGCGUCGGGCAUUGUCUGAUGGAUUUAGACGGGUGAUAGGAACUAUUCGCCCUAUCCAGAAUGUCACCGAUUUGCCGCGUCGGGGAUUGCUCGAGGAAGAACAUAGGGAGGCGGCGAAUCUCAAGAGAGCAGCUCCGUUCUUGGUUGUUCUUGCUGUUAUUUUGGCAUUAGUGGGGUCAUAUAUCCUGUUUGAGAAGGUGCAGAUUUAUUUGGCGAAGAGGAAGAAGGAUCGUGUGUUUGCGCAGUUGGAGAGUCAGAAUCAAGCGAAGGGGUACAGUACUAUGGUUAGGAGGGGUUCUUGGGUUCAAAGAAUGAUGGGAAAGUAA